UAUUUCAAAAUACAGUCAGACUUCAAAUUAACCCCUCCCAUGUAUUUCAAAGACCUGGGAAAUCAAUGGGUUAUACUAAUAAAUUCUUUUUUUGCCUUUGCUUUUAAUGUAAGUUUCAGUGCAAUUCAAAGACUAAUUAAUUCUUUCUCUAAGUGUUUUGAUCAUGCAAUGCUGCAAAAGGAUGAAAGGGAUUUUUUUUCCCCAUGUUUUAGUUUCUACUUCACAGGUCUUGAUGUAUUAGCUUAGUAUAGUUCAUGUUAUGUUGAUUGUUGUGCGUUUGUUUUCUUUUCCAUAUAGCCCAUACACUCUGCAGACUGUGGAUUUGAUGUUAAGACCCCACCAGCUGGGCUGUACCCAACCUGUGUUGGCGUCAGCUCAGCUGGGACUAGGGGGUUGCAUCUCAACACUGAGGGCUCUGUGCAGCCUGUCUUCCUUGAUGCUCGUGUCCCAGAGCUUAUUCGAGCCUGUCAGCAGAUAACACUCAGAGAGGUGGAAAGGUGAGUCUGUGCUGCACCCCGAUACCAGCAUCACAUGAACUGCCUGUCGGUAGCUCUGCGGGACUCCUCUGAGCUGCUGCUCUCAUGCAGGUGCUGGUACAGGUAUUGCCUGGCAGAUGAGUGUACUUGUGCAGGCCCAGCCUGGUGGUCCACCGGCUAGGUGGCCCUGUCUGGGUCAGGUUGUAGUGCUCCUUGGACACAGCCAGUGACUGCCUAUUUGAGAUCAUGGUGAGAUCUUUUAGGGGUGGGUCACGGAUUAGGGCACACCUGUGGGUUUUUCCUCUAUUUCUUCUCUCUGCUCUUGGCAAGAAGGAAGUUGGACUAAAUGACUGUGGAGCUUGCUUGGAGCUAUAAUCUUCUGCCACGGUGACCUGUGCUGAGUGGUGCUCUCCAUGCUUCUGCCUGUCUCCGGUCAGCAGCUCUGGGAGAGGGUGGGUCAGGUAAAAUCCUUGAGUGUGAGCUCAGGUUACAACAGGAAAAUAUGUGUGUUUGUCUUUAGGGGUCCAUACCAGAAUGGAUGUGUGAUCAACCCAAAAGAUGAGGUUUUCAGUCUUUCUGAUGAGGCUGGGGGGCACACUUGAUCAAGCAUCCACCUGUAUUCUGCUUCACUAUGCAGGGCUCAGGCUUAUUAAACUUCUAAAUAGGUUGCAAAUUCCAUUGUCUUCUCCUGUUAGUUACACUUGUAGACUAAGUUGUGGGCUAGGGUUAGUGUGUUCCAGGGUGGGGUUUUUUUGGUUGGCUUUUUUUUCCUUUUUAUGCCAGGAUUUCUUAUUUUCUUGGUUUGGCGUCAGCAUGUAGAACAGGCCUUUUGUUGUGGUGAAGAAGUCAGUACAAUACAACCAUUUGUUACCUCCUCCUGCUUCUGCUCUUGGUGCUGUGGCCAUCAAGUGAAGUUUUGCACAGAAGCCGUUGAAGGUGUUUGUGUUCUGUUUCACCAAGUAAUGUGCAGCAGGAAAAAUAAUAGAGUCCAUGAUCUUUAAUAUUGUAUUUUUGUUAGCCUCCUGUUUCACUUUGUCAUCUUGUACGCAGUCUUGCAUUUGUGGUCUGUCUAAGAUGUGCAUAGAGGACAGCAGAUUGCUUUGACUUGGCUCUCGUUGAUGUGCUGGCACAGCUUGCCACAAGUGACGGGGGUUACCCUGUGUCUGCACGUUGCGUGGCAGCACUGGGAGGUCCAUGGAAGAGGUGAAGGUGACCGCUCUCUAGGUGAUGUGUCAGACCACCAGAAGAUCUGCUCUUACAGUGUGACCCAUAGGUAGUCACUUACAUGCUGGCACCAUUGUGCCUUAUCACAACCUAAAAUAUGGUAAAUGAGGUGAUGGAAGGAGUGAGUGCUGUAACUCACUACAAUGCAUGUUACAGUCAUUCUCUUACAAUAUUGUGGCAUAUAUCUUGUAUUAAACAGAUAAGCUUUCAUUUAACUGAAAAAUCAAAUAGAGCUUAUGUAUAGUCUGUUGUACAGGGCCUGGCCCCCUUUUCACUGUCCUAAGCAACUCUGGUACAGCACUCAUGUGGUUGUAGUUGCAUGGUUACAGAAGUGUGUAGUGUUGUUUUACCUUGCCUUAGCCAGGCCUGCUGCAUAUGUUGAUAUUCUGCGUGCGGAAAAACAAUGUUGUGUUUUAGGCAAGGAUAUCUAUAAGGUUAAGAAUGAUGUUGAUCGUGUCUGCUUUUCAUCAAACAAUAACUGGCAAACUGAAUGCUAUGCUAACUAACAGUAAUUCUGGGAUGUACUGAAAUGGGUGGCAUGUGGGCCUGGGCAGAGAGCACAAGUAGUUGUUUCUGGAGGCUCUUCACAGUCAGUGCACUGUUCAUAUUUCCUCCUACCUGAGUUGGGAACAUACAGGUCUGCAUUCAGCCUGUAAUUGUGCUAUAUUGUGUGUUUGGAAUGUUUUUUUUUUUUUAAUAACUCAUACAAAUCUCUGGGCUGUGUAUUUUAUAUAGUCACUGUUUUCUGGCAUUCACAGAAAUAAAACAGAGUGCUUCUUACUCACAUCAAAAAAAUGUUCUCAGGGCAAACCUUGAACAAACAUUGAUUUCCUUUGGCCACAACAGCAAUGCACUAAACCCGUAUUACUUGAGCAAAAGUAGAAAAGUGAAGCUAUUACUUUCCUUGUGUCUGUGAACGUUGCAUGUGGCUGCACAGGAGAACUUUUGUGUCAUGUUUGGUCUGUGGUACAGGUCUUGUGGACUGUUCUGCUGGGCUCUCACCUUUUAUAAAAGAUAGGUCUUCUAAACAUAGGAAUAUACUAGGCUGUUGGUAUUUUCUUGCCAUAACUGAACAUUCAAAGCUAUGGUUAAAAAAAAGGGUCAAUAUUGUUCUUGCAGAUGACAGGUUAAAACAGAAAACAACUACGGGCCAGAAUUCAGGCAAUCCUGAAUUUCCUGCAAGAAAUCGUCCUUUGCCCAAAUGGAGAAGGAGAACAAACAGAGAAUGUAAGGUUUGGGUUUAGCUGGGGUUUUGGGUUGCUUGGGGAGGGGUUGUCCUUCCACAUAGAUUUUUCUUCCUUGGUAUCAAAUAAUAAAGUUAGAGGGAACAUUUGGUGCUAGGUGGGGCUGGUUUGAUGGGACAAUACUGAAGACUUUGUUCAGGUGCCACUCGGUCUCUCCUCUACUGCCAAUUUCAGGAUUUGGCCAAUAGUUGUUGCACACGUACAGUAUUUGUCAGGGUUUUGACUCUAUUUAGAUCCAGAGAAUAACAUAUGAUUAUUUAUUAUUAUUUUACACUUCUUCUGUCAACCAUGAAAACAGCCCUUUUCUUCAAACAGGAGCAGAACAAAAAGAGUAACAAGAGUUCAAAGGCAUCAUGGAAUGAAUACAUUCUCCCUCCAUUCCAGUUAUAAACUGUGUCAGCCGUAAGUUUGCAGCAUGCACAGUAAGAAGCAUCCCUGGCUCAGAGAAGUGACAGGGAGAAGUGACGGGCCCUCCUGUACCCUUGGGGUGAGAAGCCAGGCUCUGCCUCUCCUGGGGCAGAGCUGUCAGUGACAUGGCUGCAGGACGGAGAGGUGAAGCAACUUGCAAAAUCACUCAUACAUGUCUCAGGGCAAGGAGCAGCUUCCCAGAGGCUGGGUCUGUCACCUUGGCCUCUCUAGAAGCAGCCGAGUGCUUCUGUGCCACUCCAGUUCCCAUUUAAUGAAACCGCCACCGGCUGCCUUUUCUUUGCCCUUAUGUGGUGCCUUUGGCCUCUCCUCCUCUUGCUCACGCAGGAGAUUGGGGUUUAGAGGGCAGCUCCACCUGGCAGCGUCACAUGCUCUCUUCUAGUGUGGCACCUUAGGUGACUGUCUACCUUCCCUAAGCUCCAGGCAUUGAGUUACUGGUCUAAUUCUCUCCCCCUCUGUCUGGUGAAUCCGUACACAACAGCAGUGAGGUGUCUCCCAUGUUCAUCAGUCGGGUGUUGCUGCAGGCUGAGAGCAGGGGAGGUGAGCAUUGCCACCGCCUGCGCUAUCUCCGAGCUUUCAUGCCCAGCUCACCCACCCUCAGGCAUGCGUCUGCAUGAUUAGCAGUUGCUGAUCAACUCCUCUGUUUUUCAAGGUUAAACAAGACAAGAAGAAAAAAAUGGUGUACUGCUUUAAAGGAACACCAUGCGUCUGGCAAAAUUUUGAGAAGGCUCAAGGCGUUAAAGAAAGCUCAUCUAAAUAAAGGAGGGUUAACGUGACAUUGCAGUUACUUAAUCCUGUAUUGUCCUGCCAUGUGACUGCAGAGAUACUGAGGCGCAGUGUUCCUUUUGCCUGGUGCACAGAUUAUGCUUUUCCUGUCAUCUUCCAGGAUCAGUUGCUUUGUUAAAGCUGCCAUGAGGAGGAAACAGAGGAGCAACAAACUUUUUACAGCAAGGCUUCAAGGCACAUUGCCAUUUACAAGGCAGAGUCACAAGCAUACAGGCUGAAAAAUGAAUCAAAGGGAAACCCUACGUUCAGCUCUUGGACUGGUACCAGAAUGAAGGAGAACUACGCUCUUAAAAGUCAGCUAUUCAAAAUGAACUGGAAGCAUCCGGAUUUAUUCAGAGUAGUUAAUCAGCUAUUUGUUUGACCUUUAUCAAGUUAGUUUUCAAAGCAGCAAGCUAAAGCCUGAAAAUUCGUGUCAAAUGUUUUGCAUGUGUCAAAUGUACUGUAUAGACAGUGAGCAACUCAGCGCUUUCUUCCACAAAGUUUACAGUUUUAAUUGCAAAGCCUCUUUUACCUUGUAGAUGAAGAUCCUGACAUACUAAAUCUGUUAGCGAGAGAUGGAUGUAAACAGCUUCCAGUUUUAUCUCUGAUUUUUGAACAGAACUGCAAUAUGUAGAUACGCCAGAUUUGCUUUUGAAGUAAUUUCCAAACUAAUCCUUGGACUUUCAGUAAGCUGCUUUUUUUGCUAAGUUUGUCACUGUGUCCAUUAUGUGCAGGAUUGCAUAUCCAUACAGAACUAUUUCAUUUAAACUCCUUAUCGGGACAUCUUGUUAAAUGGGGAAGUAAUUACCCUAUAAACUAUGACAACAGGAUAUGUGAAUGGAGGAAGUCUUGGAAAACACCGCUAUUCCAGGUGGCAUCGUGAGGACAGCGGAGAAGACGAUGGGCACCCAGAGUGCUGUGGAGGAGAUGAAGAGGGCAGGCAGCACAGGCUGACCCCAUUUGAGAAACUAAUGCAGGAUAUGUCCCAGAAUGAAAAAGUGGUGAAAGAAUUAACCCUGGGAAAGAGAAUUGGCUUCUAUCGAGUCAGAGGAGAAAUAGGAAGUGGGAAUUUCUCACAAGUGAAGCUUGGAAUUCAUUCCCUAACCAAAGCAUUUUUCUUUUCAGAGAAAGUUGCAAUUAAGAUUUUGGACAAGACAAAGCUAGACCGGAAGACUCAACGUUUGCUAUCUCGUGAGAUAUCCAGCAUGGAAAAACUGCACCACCCAAAUAUCAUCAGAUUGUAUGAAGUGGUGGAGACACUCUCAAAACUGCACCUGGUGAUGGAGUAUGCAGGAGGUGGGGAGCUCUUCACUAAAAUCAGUACAGAAGGGAAGUUGCUAGAAACAGAGUGUAAAAUAAUCUUCUCCCAGAUUGUGUCUGCUGUGAAGCACAUGCAUGAGAAUAAUAUCAUUCACCGGGACUUGAAAGCAGAAAAUGUCUUCUACACCAGUAACACCUGUGUUAAGGUGGGAGACUUUGGAUUCAGCACAAUAAGUAAAAGAGAUGAAACUUUAAAUACUUUCUGUGGCUCUCCUCCCUAUGCUGCCCCCGAACUCUUCCGAGAUGAAAACUAUGUUGGCAUUUACGUAGACAUCUGGGCACUGGGAAUCCUGUUAUACUUUAUGACGACAGGCAUCAUGCCAUUUCGGGCAGAUACAGUGGCCAAACUGAAAAAGUGCAUUCUUGAGGGGACAUACAGUUUGCCUCCCUGCCUCUCAGAAACUUGCCAGAAACUGAUAAAAGGAGUCCUUCAGCCAGUACCAACAGAACGAUACUCUGUCAAACUUAUUAUGAACAGUGAAUGGAUGCAAGGAAUACAGUACCCCAAACCUUUACAGCCGUUUAAACUGGAUCCAAAGUAUUUAUCAGACAUCAGUACACUCAAAGAGGAAGAAAUUGAAGUGAAAAAUAUUCUGGAAGAGCUGGGAAUCACAGAAGAGCACAUUCAAAAUAACCGGGGAAGAGAUGCGCGCAGCUCAAUAACAGGGGUCUACAGAAUUGUUUUGCACAAGGUACAGAAGAAAAGGGCACUUGAAUGUGUUCCUAUCAUGUCCCACCCAGACCCCAAAGAACAAGACUUGAGGAGAGGAAUCUGUUCUUACAGCGGGAUGAAGCACACAUCCAAGCUGUGUUCUAUUUUAUAAACUGCACUGCAGGCUUUAUACUUGGCACAUUUAACAAAGGGUUUUAUUCACUUUCCACAAGUUCUGGUGUUACAUUUUUUGUAAUUUUUGAAUAAACCAAAAAUGCCUCAUCUCUCCUUUGCAUUUCUCAAGUCACCGCAAAGUGCUCAAAUAGAGGUCUCAUGCAUUUGUUUGUUCCUUGCUCCAGAGAAAGAGACAUGGUGUAGCCAGUGCAAGAACCCCAGUAAGUGAAACAGGUAAGGGAUCAUUAGUGGAGGUGAUCCUUUAGUAAAGGUCAAAUAGUAUUGCAUUUAACACACUUGGGAGAUUCUCAGUACAGGCACUUAACAGCUAACUUCUUGAAAAGUUGUACCUCAGCUUGACUCAGCUUUACCACUGCAAACCAGGACAGUUUAUGCAGAGAACUAAAUUUAAGCAGAAACCUAAACUUAAGCAGAAACCAGAACAUAAUCUAAAGAACUGCAAAUUCUUCUUUAAGACUUCUUCAGAAAAUUUAAACAUAAUAAAAUGUGUAUCAGAGCCUGUUUUUUUUUUUUAAUUUAAAGAAACAGCA